CAACAAAUUUCUCGUUGCAUUCUUCUGUGUUUUAUCGCGUCGAUUGGUUGUGAUCGCCAUGGAUGAAAUGUACGGUUUCCAUUCGACAUCCGGUUACACGGUUUCACCGGAAAACAACUUGAUUUUACCGGCCGAGCAUCAGUCCUCCGUCGAUCAGUACUGGCCGUUUUACGGAUCGGAUGAUUUGUUAUCGGUUGCUGCUUCAGUCAUAUCAGAUGCGGUUUCGAUUGAGACGAAUCCUGAUCGGAUUAUUCUUCCGAGACGGCGAAGCAACCGACCGCGUGAUCAAGCUAAAAAUGGCGGUUUGGAUGUCGCUGCUGCUGAUGAUGCUUCUGGAGAUAGGAUCAAGGAGAAAAUUGCGUCUCAUCCUUCGUAUUCUAAGUUGCUCGCUGCUUAUAUCGACUGUCAGAAGGUGGGAGCGCCUCCGGAAAUAGCGUGUUUGUUAGACGAUAUCCGUCUCGAAAAUGACGUUCGCAAACGAAACGCAACCGCCUCUACUUGCUUAGGAAUUGAUCCCGAGCUCGACGAGUUCAUGGAAACCUAUUGCCAUGUACUGGUGAAGUAUAAAUCCGAUCUCGCAAGGCCUUUUGAUGAAGCUGCGGUCUUCCUCGGCAACAUCGAAACACAACUCCGCAAUCUCUGCAAAGAUGAAGUUACCAUUUCAUCAGAAGAAGAAUUUAGUGGUGGAGAGACGGACAACGCACAGAUGAGCCAGGAGCUGAAGGACACGCUGUUGCGCAAAUUUGGAGGUCGUAUAGGUUCCCUGAAGCAGGAGUUUACUAAGAAAAAGAAGAAAGGGAAACUCCCAAAGGAGGCAAGGCAAACAUUACUUGAAUGGUGGAAUUCACAUUAUAAAUGGCCUUACCCUACUGAAGGUGAUAAGAUAUCUUUGGCGGAAACGACAGGAUUAGAUCCGAAGCAAAUCAACAACUGGUUUAUAAAUCAAAGGAAGAGGCAUUGGAAACCACCGGAAAACAUGCAGUUAGCCGUAAUGGGUGGUGGUCUUCCUGGGCAGCAUUUUUAUGACGAUUAAAAUAGCUUUCAUGCAUGAAUGUAUAUUCUCCCAACUAAAUUGUAUUUAAUUACAAACUACAAUAAUUCAAAGAUUAUGAUACAAACU